AUGGCUGCAUCCUUAGUGGUAUUGAUUUCUGGUUCGGGAUCCAAUCUUCAGUCAAUAAUUGAUGCUACGCAAAAUGGAAUUUUAAAAGGAGAAGCUAUUGUCACUCAUGUGUUGUCAAAUCGUAAAAAUGCGUAUGGACUAGAGCGAGCAUCGAAAGCCGGAAUUCCAACAUCAGUACAUCCUUUGCUUCCAUAUAAAAAGGAAUAUGGAAACGAGGUUGGUCGGAAGAAGUACGACACGGAUUUAUCAGAGAAAAUUAUUGCUUUAAAGCCUUCAUUGGUCGUCUGUGCAGGGUGGAUGCACAUUUUGUCUCCUGAGGUUUUGGCUCCAUUAGAAAAUCGAAACAUUGGAAUUAUCAAUCUUCAUCCUGCUCUUCCUGGUGCCUUUAAUGGGAUUCACGCGAUUGAGCGAGCUUUUGAAGCUGCUCAACAAGGAAAAAUAACAAAAACAGGAGCCAUGGUUCACUGGGUUAUUACAGAAGUAGAUGGAGGAAAACCAAUCUUGGUUCAAGAAGUUUCUAUAGAACCUCAAGACACGGUUGAAACUUUAGAAAACAAGAUUCAUAACAUUGAACACAAGAUUCUUGUCGAAGCCAUUCAUAAUAUCGUUUCUGCUACUACUGACGCUUAA